GAAGUUGAAAUUCUCUUAUUACAACUCUGACAACGCUGGAACAGAGUGGAGAGCGGAAGCGGCCGGCGAACCCGCCGGAGUCUCGGAGCCAAAGCGAGGUGAGCUCCGCUUCCGCCGCCCCCUCAAAUCAAGCCUUCUUCCUCCUCGUUCUCCCGCCCCAUGCGCAGCAGCCGCCUCCCGUGCAAUGAAGGUGAAGGUUCUGCAGUGGCACGCGGUGGCUUCAUGGACAUGGGACGCGCAGGACGAGACGUGCGGCAUAUGCAGGAUGGCGUUUGACGGCUGCUGCCCUGACUGCAAGUUCCCCGGGGACGACUGCCCGAUCAUCUGGGGCGCCUGCAACCACGCCUUCCACCUCCACUGCAUUCUCAAGUGGGUGAAUUCCCAGACGUCGACGCCCCUUUGCCCCAUGUGCCGCAGGGAGUGGCAGUUCAAGGGCUAAGGGCCGGCAUGGAUCUCAAACUAUGCAGAAAACUGAAACUGACGUGUUGCUGAGGAAUGUAGUUACUUUCUGGUAACCAGGCCAGGCGGGCGGCAUUUUGUAAGCAAAACUUCCCAGUUGAUGGCCGGGCAAAUGCAGUGAUAAA